AUGGCUAUGCAGUGGCAAAAGCUCAGUCCAGCUCAAUUCCAGCAACUGCAAGAUUACUGCAGCUAUACCAGCAAGAAGGUUAAAGAUGUUAUGAAAGAGUUCAGUGGGAAUGGGGUAUUAUCCAGAUAUAACCCUGACCAGCCUAUUGACUACAAUGGUUUUACCUUGUUCAUGAAAACUUAUUUGGAACUGAAUGAGGUCCCUGAAGAACUAUGCACAUCACUGUUCCAGUCAUUCAUGAAAUCAGGUACUAAUGCUCAAGGCACGCAAGGUUCCAUCUUGAUUAAAGAUGUGGUCUGUUACUUGUCUCUUGUUGAAGGAGGUGGACCUGAAGAGAAACUGGAGUUCAUGUUCCGUUUGUACGAUAGUGACAAUAAUGGAUACCUGGACUCUAAUGAGAUUGAUUGCAUUAUCAGUCAGAUGAUGUCUGUAGCUGAGUAUCUUGGCUGGGAUGUCUCUGAACUCAAGCCAAUUCUCCAGGACAUGAUGAAAGAAAUUGACUUUGACUCUGAUGGCAGGGUGACCCUUGAAGAGUGGAAAAAAGGUGGCCUUACAACUAUUCCACUUCUGGUUCUCCUUGGUCUGGAUGCUAAUGUCAAAGAUGAUGGUACACAUUGCUGGUAUUUGAAGCACUUUCGAACUCAGAUGCAUUGCAACAUGUGCCAGUCAAUCUUAUCUGGUAUGGGGAAAAAAGGAUUGUGUUGUCAGUUUUGUAAAUACAUAGUGCAUGAACGCUGUGUACAGAAAGCACCUGCAAAUUGCAUCAUGACUUAUGUGAAAUCCAAGAAAUCUAUUCAGGAUAUGCAGCAUUUUUGGGUUGAUGGCAAUUGUACUCAAAAGUGUGAUAAAUGCAAGAAAUCUAUUAAAUCUGGGAUCAAUGGCAAAACCUGUAGAUGGUGUAAAGCUGUAUAUCAUGAUAAAUGUGCUACCAGUGUGAAACAGGAAUGUGAUCUAGGAGAGUUUAGGGACCAUAUUUUACCACCCACAUCUAUUGUUCCAGCUGUUCUUGCAUUUCACUAUUCAUUGACGGUGGACUCAUUGAGAAGCAACAGAAAGCUAAACCUGCCGCAUCAAAGCUCAUUCCAAAUUGACCCUGUACCUGGAACACACCCAUUGCUUGUUUUUAUCAACCCCAAAAGUGGUGGGAAACAGGGGGAAAAAAUGUUUCAGAAAUUUCAAUACAUGUUUAAUCCUAGACAAGUGUAUAACUUGAGCAAAGGUGGCCCAAAGCCUGGCUUGCAGUUUUUCAAGGAUGUCAAAAAUGCCCGAGUGCUUGUGUGUGGAGGUGAUGGUACUGUAGGCUGGAUUCUAGAUGCAAUGGAUAAAAUGGAAAUGGAAACUCGUAUUCCUGUUGCUGUGUUACCAUUGGGUACAGGAAAUGAUCUGGCCCGGUGUUUAAACUGGGGUCCAGGUUAUGAGGGUGAAAGUUUGGAAAGAAUUAUUCACUCUCUAGAAAAAAGUACUGUUGCAAUGUUAGAUCGGUGGAGCAUUGCUGUAGAGGAUAAUGGUGGAGAAGAGCCAGGAGAUGCAGUUCCUUUGAAUAUUAUUAACAAUUAUUUCUCCAUUGGAGUUGAUGCUUCUAUUUGUCAUCGUUUCCAUACUAUGAGAGAAAAGCAUCCAGAAAAGUUUAAUAGCAGAAUUAAAAAUAAAAUGUGGUACUUUGAAUUCGGUACCUCUGAAACAUUUUCUGCCACUUGCAAAAAUCUACAUGAGUCCAUUGAAGUUUCUAGUGAAGGUCACUCAUUAGAAAUAAACAAGGGUCCAGGCCUAGAGGGCAUUGCAAUGUUAAACAUCCCAACUAUCUAUGGAGGUGCCAAUCUGUGGGGUGAGAAUGUAAGUAAGAAGCAAAGACAAAAACUACUAAAGAGUGUCAAAAAGAAGAAAGACCAAAAUCCAUUUCCACAAAGCAAGAUAGAGCUUCAGGCUGCAAUUACAGAUAUUGGAGAUAAAUUGUUUGAAGUUGCUGGAGUAGAGAACAGCCUUCACGCUGGUAUGGUCAGUGGGAAGGUCAGAUCGGGUAAUCGUCUGGCACAGACUGCUGCCCUGGAAUUGAAGACUACAAAACGUGUACCAAUGCAAAUUGAUGGAGAACCUUGGGUACAGAAUCCUUGCACAAUUACCAUUAAACACAAAAACCAGGUGCCAAUGAAUAAUAUUAAAUGCACAGCAUAUUGGCCUUAG